AUAGAUAAGGCUCAAGGCUUGGUGAGGUCAGCUGACAGAACAGGCUGUGGAUAUCCAGGAAUUAGAAUAGACUGUGGAUAUCCAGGAAUUGGUUCCGAAGAAUGCCAUUCCAGAGGAUGCUGCUUCAACUCCUCCAUUCCCGGGGACAAAUGGUGCUUCUACCCCAAUGACUACAGUAAGAUUAUUUCCUAUGCUUUAAUUUCCAUUAAUAUAUAA